AUGGAUAUUGAUAAAUCCCUCGACGAGAUCAUCCAAGCUAAGCCCAAGGCAAGUCGUGGACGUGGGGCUAAACGUGGUGGAAGCACCCCUUCAUCUGCUAGAGCUCGUUACGCGUCAACCGUACCACGAGCCGCAGCACAAGCUGCUGCACCUGCCAAACCAUUGACUGCCGAGGCUAUCAAGAUCAUUAUCAGUAAUCUUCCUCAAGAUGUUACGGAAGCUGCUGUGAGGAUGUCUGCCGUGACUGACAUGCUAGAUCACAACAGAAUGAUCGACAACCAACGACCCAUGAAGGUGGAAAUCGCCAUUGAUCCAAAUCAAGCUCAAAGUCUAGCAUCAAGAGUCGCUGCUGCUCCUACACGAUCCGCUGCUCCUCCCCGAGGCCGAGGACGAGGACGUGGAGGCGCAAAACCUCGAACCGCCAGACCAGCGAAGAAAACAGCUGAAGAACUUGAUGCGGAGAUGAACGCGUACAAGGAGACAAGCACUGCUUAA